AUGCACAACGAGGUCCAUCAGGCCAAGUCUGGCCUGAUCGCCGCCAUGACGGUCUUUCUCAUUGUGGACGCGGUUAUCAUCACCAGCCGCGUCUACGUUCGAACCUUCAUGAUCAGGGCGUUUGGCUGGGACGACGCUACCCUCUGCCUUUCAUAUGUGGGAUUCGUCAUAGCCUGCAUCAUGGGCUUCAUGUCAAUCUACUUCGGAUACGCUUAUGAUGGACCGCCGAAAGACUGGCCCAACUUCGACGAGGAAAAGGCGCAGAAGUACCUAUAUGCCAAUCAAUUAACGUUGUAUCUCACGUCCGGCGUCGCCAAGCUCGCAGUAGCCCUUGUUCUGUUCCGCCUCGCCAUCAAUAAGCGUUUCCAGGUCAUCAUCGCGGCAUCAAUGGCGGUCGUGAUCCUUUGGACCUUUGCCACGACGCUCUUCUCCUCCUGGCUCUGCAUCACGAACGGCACCACCAGUUAUCUCAGCAGCUCGACCUGCACCGCCGUCGGCCUAUUCCGCACGAUCUCCAACGUUUUCAUCGACUACUUCUAUGCCCUUCUGCCAAUUUUCAUCGUCAAAAGAGCCAAGAUGAACACAUCGAUGAAAGUAUCAGUCUGUAUUCUGCUGGGCCUGGGCUUUUUUGCGAGUGCAGCGACCAUUGCCAAGCUGGUCAUCAUCGUGCGGCUCUCGACCAUGGACAAGGACGCACAGGAGAUACUCCACUACCAGCUCCUCAUAUGGGCCGACGUCGAGCUGGGCCUCGCCAUCUUCUGCGCCUCGGCCGCCGCCCUGCGUCCCCUGCUCCGCCGGUUCCCCAUGAUCUGGGGUUCCGCUAAGACCGGGAGCAGCAACACGCCGUACGGGCGGACAGCCGGCGCCAGCGCGUCUUGCGAUCCCCUCAGCGCCACCGAGCCGCUGAGUGCAAACGACCGUGAGCCCUCGCAUGCCCCGAGUGGGUCGAGCGGGCCUUCCGGGAUCCAGGAGUACGAGCUGAGCCAGAUGGACUCGGAUCGGUCUUUGGAGCAGCAGAAGAGGUACAAAUAUCAAAUGCAGAGCCCGAGGGCUUGA